AGCUAUACCGGACGAUGCCAUCUCAUUUGACAACACCGGAGAUCAGCAGGCGGGAUGAGGUGGGUGGGUCGAACCAUGGUGUUGAUGUUGAGGGGGGCACGGCCUCUCAUGGCCACCUCGCCCUCCACUCAGGUAAUGUGCCGCCAGAGUCUGCAGGGAUACUCGACCAUCAGUCUCCCGCCAGACAUUUCCUUUGACGAGCUGAAAGACAAGAUGGCCAACAAGGAGGUGACGGUCAUUGAUGUGCGGAUGCCCAAGGAACUAAGAGAAGAUGGCAUGAUCCCUGAGUCCAAGAACCUUGCACUUCCUUGGCUUGGACCAGCAAUCUUGCAGCCAGAAACAGACUUUGCCUCCCAGCUUGGAUUCAACAAACCAGGCCUGGAUGAGCCCAUUGUGGUGUCCUGUCUGGCUGGUGUCCGGGCCCGCACUGCACAGCUGGCUCUCAUGGCUGCAGGCUAUGCCAAUGUCAGGGUGUAUGUCGGCUCCUUUGAGGACUGGAUACAGCAGGGUGGGAAAGUGGACUUCCUCCCUCCAAAAGAAAAACAAGAAGAUUAAUUCCUUGACAUCACAUUAGUAGGGUUGUAAAAUGGAGGGGAUGUUACUGUUUUACAUAUAAAUUUUAUUGUUAAUCCAAUUCAGAAAUUGCUUUUAACUUAUAAAUUAAAAUACUGAGAAGGCUGUGCAAUGUUGCCCAUGGUACUGUCGGGUUAAGCACAGUACCUCUUUGUCAUGGUUGGUAGAUGGAAGGAAAACUGGUGACUAAGAGUAGUGUCAUCAGGCAAAUGAAAAACACCAUUGCUAAAACCAUCUAUUUUGUGAGAGAGAGAGAGAGAGAGAGAGAGAGAGAGAGAGAGAGAGAGAGAGAGAGAGAGAGAGAGAGAGAGAGAGAGAGAGAGAGAGAGAUCCUGUUAAAGUGGUAGAACAACAGAAAUAUAAGUAUGUACACACACAUGAAUGUGUGGUGGAGCACCCAAAGUAGUGGAUAAAUGUUUAUCUGUCAAGCCAAGACUAUCAAGGCAACAAAGUGAUGCUUAGCUGGCUAUGAGUAUCUUUCCUUUUAAGAAGGCCCCAAAGUAAUGCUGAGUUGGCUAUGAGUAUUCUUCCUUAUGAGUAAGAAGUAGUUUCAAUGAAAUCUUGUGUAUUAAGAUUACCUAAAUGCAAUUAGCUUGUAAAGACAUGCUAUUUGGGGCCACAUGUAUUUAAAAAAAAAAAAAAAAAGCUUCAAUCGCUUUGCUUUCAAAAUAGUAAUCAAAGUAUUUUUCUAUUGUACAGUUAUUUACUUCAAUGAAAAAGUGUGUGAAAUGA